AAAAUGGACACAGAUGCACAAAUGAGAGCAAUAAUUCUCCAGAAACUGAUAGAAAAUGGUGAAGGAGCACAACUUCAAGAGUUGCUAAGAGCUAAAUUAUUCGAAUGUGGUUGGAAAGACCAAAUAAAAGCUCAUUGUCAAGAUGGCAUUAAAGAAAAAGAGGUAGAACACGUUACUGCUGCCAACUUGGCAGCAGAAUCACUCCCAGAGCCAGAGCGCUUGUACCCGACAGAGGAACUCUUACAAAGAAUAAGAACUUUCCUGGACCGGCAUGCCAGUCUUUAA